AUGGUAUCCCACCUAAACUUCUCAAUCUUAUCAAAGCUUAUUACUGCUCAACAAGAUCCCGUGUAUGGUGAAGUAUCGGAACCCUUUGAAAUACGGUCUGGCGUUCAGCAGAGAUGUGUUCUUUCGCCAACUCUUUUCAAUUAUGCCAUCGACUGGUUCACCACAAAUGCAUUAAGGGAGUUCCCCGGUAUCACUGUUGGUCACAACUUUUCCGACAAGGAUCUAGACUACACAGAUGACAUUGCGAUACUUGGUGAAACAUUUGCUGACAUCCAGUUUGCUAUUAAUGAGCUCCAGCAUGUUGCAUCGCAGAUUGGUAUAAAAGUCAAGGCCUUGAAGACCAAAAUCCUCACAGCCGGCUUUGCCCCACCAGACAAAAUACCCAUUGUCCUCAAUGGUGAUAUUCUCGAAGAGGUUGAGAGUUUCAAAUACCUUGGUGCCAUCAUUAUAUCUACAGAUCAAGGUGAGGCUGACAUUAAAAUACGAAUUGACCUCGCUUGCCAAACCUUCAACCGACUCAAUGCAUGA